GUCCCCUCGGUGUCCCCAGACAUCCGUGACAGCGGCAAGAAGCCGGUGAUGCUGUUCCUGCACGGCGGCUCCUACAUGGAGGGCACCGGGAACAUGUUCGACGGCAGCGUCCUGGCGGCCUACGGCAACGUCAUCGUGGUCACCAUGAACUACCGGCUGGGCGUGCUGGGCUUCCUGAGCACGGGGGACCAGGCGGCCAAGGGCAACUACGGGCUGCUGGACCAGAUCCAGGCCCUGGUGGGACCCCAUCCCCACGUCCCCCAUGACCCCAAACCCCACUGAGACCCCCCAGCCCGCCCCGGCCUGACCCCGCGCCGCCCCCCAGGCCUGUUCCAGAAGGCCAUCGCGCAGAGCGGCACGGCCAUCGCCAGCUGGUCGGUCAACUACCAACCGCUCAAGUACACGCGGCUGCUGGCGGCCAAGGUGGGCUGCGAGCGCGCCGACACCGGCGCUGCCGUCGAGUGCCUGCGGCGCCAGCCCUUCCGCGCCCUGGUGGACCAGGACGUGCAGCCCGCCCGCUACCACGUGGCCUUCGGGCCGGUGGUGGACGGCGACGUGGUGCCGGACGACCCCGAGAUCCUGAUGCAGCAGGGCGAGUUCCUCAACUACGACAUCCUCAUCGGCGUCAACCAGGGCGAGGGGCUGAAGUUCGUGGAGGACUCGCUGGAGAGCGAGGACGGCAUCUCGGCCUCCUACUUCGACUUCACCGUCUCCAACUUCGUGGACAACCUCUACGGUUACCCCGAGGGCAAGGACAUCCUGCGCGAGACCAUCAAGUUCAUGUACACGGACUGGGCCGACCGCGACAACGGCGAGAUGCGGCGCAAGACGCUGCUGGCGCUCUUCACCGACCACCAGUGGGUGGCGCCGGCGGUGGCCACGGCCAAGCUGCACGCCGAGUACCAGUCGCCGGUGUACUUCUACACCUUCUACCACCACUGCCAGACGGACGCGCGGCCCGAGUGGGCGGACGCGGCGCACGGCGAUGAGAUCCCCUACGUCUUCGGCGUGCCCAUGGUGGGCGCCACCGACCUCUUCCCGUGCAACUUCUCCAAGAACGACGUCAUGCUCAGCGCCGUCGUCAUGACCUACUGGACCAACUUCGCCAAGACGGGCGACCCGAACCAGCCGGUCCCUCAGGACACCAAGUUCAUCCACACCAAGCCCAACCGCUUCGAGGAGGUGGUGUGGACGCGCUUCGACGGCAAGGCCAAGCGCUACCUGCACAUCGGCCUGAAGCCGCGCCUGCGCGACCACUACCGCGCCAACAAGGUCGCCUUCUGGCUGGAGCUGGUGCCGCACCUCCACAACCUCCACCAGCCGCCCCACGCCGCCAGCACCACGCGCCCGCCGCCGCCGCCGCCGCGCCGCGCCGCGCCCACGCGCCGCGCGCCGACGACGCCGCCUCCGCCGCGCCGCGACGACGACGCCGCCGACGACGCCGCCGACGACCCCGGCGGGCGCCGCCGCUUCGCGCCGUUCCCCGGCGACUCGCGGGACUACUCCACGGAGCUGAGCGUCACCGUGGCCGUGGGCGCCUCGCUGCUCUUCCUCAACAUCCUCGCCUUCGCCGCGCUCUACUACAAGCGGGACAAGCGGCCCGGCCCGGCCGCGGUGCCGGUGCCGCCGCCCGGCGAGGCGCCGGUGCCGGUGCGGUUGAAGCUGGCGGAGGCCGAGCGGCCGGCCGGCGCCGUGGCGGCCGUGGCCGGGCCGCCGGACUACGCGCUGGCGCUGCGGCGCGCGCCCGACGACGCCGGCGCCGUGCCGGUGCCGGUGCCGGUGCCGGGGGGGCUCCUCCCGUUCGGCGGCGCCGCCGUGCCGCCCUUCCCCCCGCCGCCCCCACAACAGCGCCCUGCCCCACCCCCACUCCACCACCCGCGUAUAGGGGGGGGGGAGGGGAGGGGGGGGAGGGGAGCAUCCACGCUCCAGACCGGUCUGAACCGGUUCGAACUGGUCCGAACCGGUUUAUCCUGGUCCAAACCGGUUUAUACUGGUCCAAACUGGUUUAUACUGGUCUAA